UGGGCCCAGUAGAAAAUGUAGGUAGACUUAGGGUUAGGUAGCAGCUCUCGGGAACUUGUCCCUACCCAUAAGAUCCUGAAGGGCCUUCCAUUUUGACUAUCACCGGGACAGUUAGAACUUGUUUCCUCCUCUGUGUCAUCCAGCAAGAGGUGCUCAGGGCACUGUGCCCAGCAAGACCCCACUACCCAGCAGAACAGUAGGGGAACUAAGUGGCCUAGAUCUACUGUGGACUACCUGACUGUUUGCCUGUCUGUCUGUCCUCCUCUUUACCUCAUUCUCAUCACCGACAUCUACCAUUGGCUUGGCAAUCAGAAACCAACAUUCAUCUAGAUGAUUGAUUUUGAUGAUGUGGCCGCAAUAAACCCAGAGCUUUUACAACUUCUUCCCUUACACCCAAAAGACAAUCUGCCCCUGCAGGAGAACGUAACGGUCCAGAAACAAAAACGCAGAUCAGUAAACUCCAAAAUUCCUGCUCCUAAGGAAGGUCUCCGAGGCCGCUCCACCCGAAUGUCCACUGUCUCAGAGGUUCGAAUUACCAGUCAGGAGAAUGAUAUGGAGGUGGAGGUACCAGCGUCUACAAAUUCCCGCAAGCAGUUUUCAGUUUCCACUGGACCCCCUAGGCCCUCCUGCCCUGCAGUGGCUGAAAUACCAUUGACGAUGGUCAGCGAGGAGGUAGAAGAGCAAGUCCAUUCCAUCCGAGGCAGCUCUUCUACAAACCCUGUGAACUCAGUUCGGAGGAAAUCAUGUAUUGUGAAGGAAAUGGAAAAAAUGAAGAACAAGCGAGAAGAGAAGAGGGCCCAGAACUCUGAAAUGAGAAUAAAGCGAGCUCAGGAAUAUGACAGCAGCUUUCCAAACUGGGAAUUUGCCCGGAUGAUUAAAGAAUUUCGGGCUACUUUGGAAUGUCAUCCACUUACUAUGACUGAUCCUAUCGAAGAGCACAGGAUAUGUGUCUGUGUGAGGAAACGCCCGCUAAAUAAACAAGAAUUGGCCAAGAAAGAAAUUGAUGUGAUUUCCAUUCCCAGCAAAUGUUUCCUCUUGGUCCAUGAGCCCAAGUUAAAAGUGGACUUAACAAAGUAUCUGGAGAACCAAGCCUUCUGCUUUGACUUUGCAUUUGAUGAAACAGCUUCAAAUGAAGUUGUCUACAGGUUCACAGCAAGGCCACUGGUCCAGACAAUCUUUGAAGGGGGAAAAGCAACCUGUUUUGCAUAUGGCCAGACAGGAAGUGGCAAGACACAUACUAUGGGUGGAGACCUCUCUGGGAAAGCCCAGAAUGCAUCCAAAGGGAUCUAUGCCAUGGCCUCCCGAGAUGUCUUCCUCCUGAAGAAUCAGCCUCGCUACCGGAACCUGGGCCUGGAAGUCUAUGUGACCUUCUUCGAAAUCUAUAAUGGGAAGCUGUUUGACCUGCUCAACAAGAAAGCUAAGCUGCGAGUGCUGGAGGACGGCAAGCAGCAGGUGCAGGUGGUGGGGCUACAGGAGCACCUGGUCAGCUGUGCUGACGAUGUCAUCAAGAUGAUCGACAUAGGCAGUGCCUGCAGGACCUCUGGGCAGACAUUUGCCAACUCCAACUCUUCCCGCUCCCACGCCUGCUUCCAGAUUCUUCUUCGAACCAAAGGGAGAGUGCAUGGCAAGUUCUCUUUGGUGGAUCUGGCAGGGAAUGAGAGAGGUGCAGACACUUCCAGUGCUGACCGGCAGACCCGCAUGGAAGGUGCAGAAAUCAACAAGAGUCUCCUGGCUCUGAAGGAGUGCAUCAGGGCCCUGGGACAGAACAAGGCUCACACCCCAUUUCGAGAGAGCAAGCUGACACAAGUGCUGAGGGACUCCUUUAUCGGGGAGAACUCAAGGACCUGCAUGAUUGCGAUGAUCUCACCAGGCAUAAGCUCCUGCGAAUAUACUUUAAACACACUAAGAUAUGCAGACAGGGUCAAGGAGCUGAGCCCCAACAGUGGAUCCACUGGGGAGCAGCCAACUCAAAUGGAAACAGAAGAGAUGGAAGCCAGCUCUCAUGGGUCCCUGAUCACAAGCAAUUUCUCCAAGGAGGAGGAGGAACUGUCUUCCCAGAUGUCCAGCUUUAAUGAAGCCAUGUCUCAGAUCAGGGAGUUGGAGGAGAGGGCCAUGGAGGAGCUCAAGGAGAUAAUACAGCCGGGUCUACACAGGCUUUCCUCCGUCCUCCUAGCCGGAGCUAGUUUCUUCCCCUCUAGGUUCCUGAUCAAGGUUUUGGAGGGUGACUUCUUUGCAGAGAUCUUGGCUUGUUUAUUCAGUGAAUGUUUGCAAGGGCCAGGCUGGCUUGAGCUCUCCGAGAUGACCGAGCAGCCAGACUAUGACCUGGAAACCUUCGUGAACAAGGCAGAGUCUGCUCUGGUCCAGCAAGCCAAGCACUUCUCAGCCCUGCGAGAUGUCAUCAAGGCCUUGCGCCUGGCCAUGCAGCUGGAAGAGCAGGCAAGCAAACAAAUAAGCAACAAGAAACGGCCCCAGUGACGACUGCAAAUAAAAGAUCUCUUUGGUGUCACACCCAGCCUCUUCCCCUCCCCAUCCUUCCCAGCAAACUUGGGGCACCUGGUGGGUCUGGUCAGGUUCUGAGCUAGAAAAGGCUUUGGUAAAUGCCAGGUAUGGAGGCAGCUGGGGAGAGGGUCAGAGUGACAUGGGACACUUCUUUCCUUUUCCUCAGUUAUAGCUCUUAAGGGAGCAAGGAUGGGAAGAGACUUUUUAGUUAUCCUGGGUGUUGCCCGUCUCUCCAGGAGAGGAAGACUCUCUGGUAAAGAGUUUUCUCUUGGGUGGCCUUCUACCUGUGUGGACUGGCUGCUGGUGAGGGUUCCCUGGGGUUAUCCUGGCACCGGGGAGAGGAAAGGAGGCUUUAGUCCAGCUCUCUGCUGGCUCUGGCCUGCCUUCCAUGCCCAUGGUUCAGGCAGUAUGUCUUGUACUUUAAAAAAAAUGUUUCUGGGAUCUCUUCCUUCCUUGCUGUUUUUUGAGGCCCAAGAAGAUCCCUGCUGUUUUCUGUUUUUCAUGUUUAUAUAUUGUGUCUAACAAUAAAGAGGGAAAAAAAUCAA